CAUCUAUUGUGAAUCGUCCGACAAUAAACAGCUGUUAUAAAAAACAACAAAUACUUUGCAGUUUUGGUGUUGUUUUCGUGGGACAUUUUGUUUUGGUCAUUAUAAAAAUUUUUGGAUAAGUGUGUAUUGAGUCUUACAUCGUUAAACUUGAAACUUAGUUAUCACUGAAUGAAACACUAACCGAAAAAUCAAUAGAGCCCAAACCUUUGUACCUGACAUCAGGAAUUACAUAGGCGGCCAUAAAAAAAAAAAUUGCAUGACAUGGGCGCCGAGCAUUCUCAGCAGCGCGCAGAGGCGGAUGGCCGCGAAAUUUUUGAAGGCGAUUUGAAAAUUUCUCUUGGCAAUAAUCGGCAAUCACACAGUACCACACCCACAGGGAGCGCGAAAAGACGUGCAGGUCGACAAAGUUCCAACAGUGGCAGCACCAACCGAGGUAGCAAACAUAUCGUUGAGACAGUAGCAGUAACUGCAUCGCCAACUACCUCUUUAGAGCUAAGUCGGCCACCCUCACCACCGCUGAGUGUUUGCUCUGAUUUGCCUUAUGUUUCCUAUACGGAUCGCCCUAUUGGUGACUCACCGAAAAUACGCAACAAGCCACAUAGUAGACAUCAACAACAGAGUAAUAUAAAUCGUAAUACCGGGAUACGCAAGUCCUUCGGUGCUACUCCGAAGCGUCCGCAAUCCACUUCAGGCACAAUAGUGAUUGUUAAGCCCGGUGCGCGGGACGCAGACUAUGACGCUGAUGCCGAUUUAACGCGUUUGCGAAAUAUUCCACAAUUUCUGCCAGUGCUGCGCGAUUCUAUUACAACUGCGGCGUUUACACGAGAUCAAGAAAUUUUAGAGCGUUUAAAUUCACAGCAUUUAGUAAAUAUUUGCUGUCGAAUGCAGACACAUUUAAAUAUUUGCGCUACACAAGUAGCGCAGGAGCAAAAUCAUCUUGUCGAACGUACAAAGAUGGUUAGUAAUUCUAUAACGACUCUUUUUGCUUCCUUUGUCGAUAUGCAGAAAACUUAUGCCGCUUACGCCGAGCAGUUUUCCAGAGUGCGUACUAUUUCGCAACAGCUAAGUCGAUGUAAUUCUUUGCUCCAUGACAAUAUUGCUAGUCUGGAAGCUAUAAAUAAUUUUCUCGAUAUUGAAGAUCGCCUGGAGCCUUUCAUUUGGCGAACAGAUGAUAUUAAACAGCGCGGAGAAGCCGAGGGGGCACCUGGUGGCGGAAGUGGGCGAUUGACGCGUAUGUAGUAUGUUUCAGUAGCAAAAUUAUCAAAAAUUAGAAUAAGUAUAUGAGCAUGAAACGCUGUUAGCUGUUAGGGCUCCAUCCUUUAAAUUAAAUUGUGGUCGAAAAUGUGAUUCAUCGUCAAAUUUGUUUUUCGAAACGUAAAUCCUACGUUUUACUCGCCUAACUUUUAAUAAUUUCGAUCUGUAGUUGUUGUAAAUCGUAAUGGCCAUUAUUGAUAUAGUCCGUAUAUGUAUGUAUAUCUUUAAGAUUUAAUGUUAAUAAAAAUGCAAAUAAACACAAGGCUAGAGAAUACAUUUAAU